GUUUCUUUUAUUGCUGAUAACUUUAAUAGAAAAGCAGAAAAUUUGAUCUAAGAAAGCAGACAUUUUAAGGUGUCUGAGGUUUGGUGACCACACAUCCUGAUUUCUUGGGACAGCCCUGGUUUAUGCCUGUUGUCUCAGCAUAAUUUUUAAUAGCACCUUCCUUUACCCUCAGAAGUGUUCUGGUUUAAAUGACAAGUUUAGUCUAAAUUGAGAGCGUAACAAGAUAUGGCCAUGGUUCACUUGCUCUCCAGUAUUGUCCCAGUUUGCUUUCCAGAACACUAUAAUCAUAUAUAUUCAUAGUUUAUGUAAAUGUCAUGAGAAAUAAUAACAGCAAUAACAUUUUGAUUUUUCAGGACAGUAUUCACAUUCUGCAUUUGAGAAAACAUUCAGAAUAGAAUAAAUGCCUACCAAAAAUCAUGGAUGAGACAAUCUAGAUAUGUGUGCCACUUCUUUUUAUAUACUCAGGAAUCUCUCAUGGUAAUCAGGAGGCAGUGUUGUGAAUUGGUUCAGAAUGCAGGUAGUUAAAGAGAUUAUGGCAUCUGAAAACCACAAUGUUAAAAAACGGAACUUUAGUAAUAAUAUUGAGGAUCAUUCCACUGAUCUUCCUAGAAAAAGGAUAUCUAAUUUCACUGAUAAGAACAUGAAGGAGGUUAAGAAAUCUCCAAAACAGUUGGCUGCUUACAUAAAUAGAACAGUUGGACAAGCUGUGAAAAGCCCAGACAUACUACAUAAGGUGAUCUAUCGCAGAAAGAAAGUUCAUCAUCCCUUUCCAAAUCCUUGUUACAGCAAAAAACAGUCCCCUAGAAGUGGGGGCUGUGACAUGGCAAAUAAAGAAAAUGAACUGGCUUGUGCAGGCCGCUUGCCUGAACAAUUUCCCCACGACAGUCGGACGUACGUGACUAACUCCAGUGACUCUGGUUCUUCUCAGACAGAAAGCCCAUCAUCAAAAUACAGUGGGUUUUUCUCUGAGGUUUCUCAGGACCAUGAAACAAUGGCGCAAGUUUUAUUCAGCAGGAAUUUGAGAUUGAAUGUAGCUUUAACUUUCUGGAGAAAGAGAAGUAUAAGUGAACUUGUAGCUUAUUUGGUAAGAAUAGAAGACCUUGGCGUUGUGGUAGAUUGCCUUCCUGUGCUCACCAAUAGUUUACAGGAAGAAAAACAGUAUAUCUCACUUGGCUGCUGUGUAGAUUUAUUGCCUCUAGUAAAGUCAUUACUUAAAAGCAAAUUUGAAGAAUAUGUAAUAGUUGGUUUAAAUUGGCUUCAAGCAGUAAUAAAAAGGUGGUGGUCAGAACUGUCAUCUAAAACAGAAAUUAUAAAUGAUAGAAAUGUUCAGAUUUUAAAACAACAAUUAAGUAGAUUGUGGGAACAGGAAAACCAUCUUACUUUGGUUCCAGGCUAUACUGGUAAUAUAGCUAAGGAUGUAGAUGCUUAUUUAUUGCAGUUGCAUUGAGAGAUUCAUCUACUAAAGAACAUUUGGUUAUUUAAAAACAACCCUGGACCAUAUGAUUUCCAAUUCUGAACUGUGGGAGAAAUCAAAACAGUUCUUUCCUUUUAAAAAUCCACAUAAUGAAACCACUAAUGAAAUCCUAACAAUCUACUUCACAUUGAAGUGGAAAAAUAUCCAAAAGGAGCAGCUUCAACUUCAAUGAGGUGAAAGUGCACUAUGAAGAUUGUUCGCCUUUGCUGCAUUUGGGGCUUAUGGUUAUUUAGUAGCAUUGUUUAAGAACUACUGGGUCUUAAUGCUGUGCUGCAUUAGAAUAUAAUUUAUACUAUGUGAAAAAAAGAAGACAGGACUUACUACUAGGAAUCACAGAGACCAAUCAUGGAUUUUUUUUGUGUGUUUUAUAUAAAAAAAAACACCUAAAUGUGUGCAGCUAUUUUCCUAUGUUGAAGAGACUUUCAAAGUUUAAAACAUUGUAGUAAAUAAUCAAUAUUAAAAUUUUGUACACACUAAGAUACUGUGUUUACAAAAUGCCUUAAUUAUUAAUAAGCCAAUGUGUUAUGAUACCAAUAUCUUCUUGCUUUUGAAAAAUUAGAAUCAGCAAUGCUUCUGGCAUGAUAAAAUCAUGGAAUUAAAUCAGGGGUUUACAUUCAUGUAGGAUGUUUUUCUUAAAACAUAUUCCACACUAUUUUUGAUAUGUGAGAAUAUUGUUAAUAUCUCUGAUUUUUUUGCCAGAAUUUUUGUGUCAUGUCUGUAUGUGUUAUUGCUGUAUAAAGAAAAAGGUGAAUAUGUAUUUGUAUGAAUGUUUAACUGGAAAUGUCCGUGGAGUUGGCUAAUUUAUAUUCACUUUUUACUAUGUAUAGAUCGCUAAUAUUUUUCAUUUCUGUAUCAUUUAAACUUCAUUGGAGUAAAUUCACUAAGUAUUUCUA